AUGUUCGCCUCUGUUGUCUUGACUACUCUCGCCGCCGCCGGCAGCGCACAUGCUGCCGUAGCACAAGGUUCCUGGGGCGUCCGCGCAGAUUACUCCCGCUGCGACAGCACCACACCACUGGAGGUCGUCCUCGACGGCGCCACCAGCAAGUCCUCCCCCGCGGCCAACAUCACCGACUUCGACAUCCCAGCGCCCUUCGGCGGCAGCCUGGUCAUCAAGGUCGCCGGCUCGGUGGGCCUCGGCUCGCCCUACCCGCCGCAGCAGGUCGGCGUCGAGAUCUUCGCCGAGGCAGCGGGGGGAGACCCGGGCGCCUGGGGCAAUGCGACGAUAACACCCGGGACCGGACAGCCGGCGUCCAUCUCGCAGAUUUCUUGGAACACGCGGGACGACAUCACCCUCGCGCCGGCCGAGAACGAGGAGGUCUCGCUUGAGACGAUCUUCGAUGGUGGCAGCUUGGUUGUUUACUAUUGCGGUGUCCCAGAGGCUGGCGGGCCCGUUGCAUAG